GGCUGCUCCACGUCGACUCGGCGUCAUUGAGCAGUCCUUCCUUGAUCGUGCAUCGUGCGUGAGGAAUAAACAGAUGAGGGAAUCGUGAUAACGUCCUUUUUAUCGGCAGUAAAUACGAGACGCAUUCAAUAAAAAUCAGUCAUGGCUAAUCCUAAUCUCACGGAUAUGACGGAGGAGGAUGCAGCGGAUCUGCAGUUCCCAAAAGAAACGGAACAAAUGCAGAUGCGAUCAGGUGCUAUUGCAAUCACAAUAGUUUUGACUCACGUUAUGAAGCUUAAGCAUCUGCAGUUUCAAACAAUUCUGCUGAACUGUUUAUUGAGUCCAACAGACAAGUCUGAGCAUGACGUAGAACUUGAGGUGUCAGUCUUGAGGGACAAAAUUCUUGCCUCAGAUCCCUCAUGCCGCGUGUGCAGGUCUGUCCUCGUGGAACCGUAUAUUCGUUGCGCCGUGUGCACCGAAGUCGAGAUAUGUCCUUCUUGCUUCGCCAAGGGCUGUGAGAUUGGCGAACACAAGAACGAUCACGACUACGUGAUUAUAAAGAAUGAGUUUCCCCUGAUCGAUGGCAGUAAUUGGACUGCGAAGCACGAACUCGAGUUGCUGGAUGUCCUGCAGCAAUGCGGCCUCGGAAAUUGGACGGACGUAGGACGUAGGAUGCAGGGAAAGUCUGCCGAGGAGUGCAAGACGCAUUAUUUGCAGCAUUACAUAGACAAUCAGACUCUACCGGGUCUGCCGAAAAUUAAGGAGAGUAGAGCCAGUUUAUUCAGUUGCGAACCGAUACCUUACAUGUACAAGUUGCAAGAUGUGGAAGACCCACCCAGAUUCGCCUUGAACACAGUCAACAGCAGAUUCCUGUCAGGUUAUAAUGCAGCUAGGUCUGAUUUCGAAGUAAAUUUUGAUAAUCAUGCCGAAUCACUGGUGUCCGAUCUCGAAUUAAACGAGUUUCAACCGCGCGAUGACGCAUACGAAUUAGGGCAGGCUUUACAAACGGCGAUAGUGCAAGCGUACAACAACAGAUUAAGGGAGCGCAUGAGAAGAUGGAAGAUUAUACGCGAGCAUGGAUUAAUUUCAUUUCGUAAAAUCAUAUCAUCUAUACAGAAGUAUGAUAAUACGAUAACGAGGCCGUUCGCAGAGAGAUUGUUGAUAUUCAUGCAACUUGUGGAUGGGAUGGAAUUUGAUUUUCUCAUGGAGGGUCUUCACCGUGCAGGCGAGCUGAAGAAUCACAUCAACAGGCUACUGGAAUUCAGACAAAACGGACUCAAGCACUUUUACAGUGUACCUAUGUUCCAGAAGUUGAGUCAACUCAGGCAGGAGAAUGAGCGGGAAAGGAAACAAUAUAUGAGCAAUCCAGAGUACAGCUGGAGAAGUCUAUUACCCGAUAGUUAUGUUGCUAGUUGCAACAGUCCGAUUCUCAGAAACACACAACGCAGAACCGCACCCCCACUCGUCAUAAAGGGUUUACUGGGAUACGAGGAGCUGAGCGUCGACGAGAAAGAGCUUUGCUCUGUCGUUAGACUCGUACCCGCCAGUUAUUUAGAUUUUAAGCAAAUGUUAAUAAUGGAAAACAAGAAAAAUGGUUAUCUUAGAUUAGCUCAGGCACGUAUCCUUCUGAGAAUCGACGUGAACAAAACACGAAAGAUAUACGACUUCUUAGUGGAACAGGGAUACAUAAAUAAGCCGCCAAAUCAAUAAUUAUUUUAAAACAGCCACAACACAUAGUGCAGAAAUAUAGCGAAUACUGUGAUAAUACGAAUUAGGCUAUAUUAAAUGCAGAGUUCCGUGUUUUUUUUUUAGAAAAAAAUAAUUAUAUGAUGUUGAUGAUGUCUGGAUAAUAAACUUUUUGUUUUAGAGAA